AGUCUGCUCAGCCUCACGGCUCCUUCUUUACGUCCCACAAAGGAUAACUUUGGAAGGAAAUCCACUUGGAGCGACGAGGAACCGUUCCUUUUUCCCUUCCUCAGAAUUACCUUGAACCAAGCGGGGGAAAAAAACUUUUACGCACGAAAAAAAAAAGGACUUCAACUGCAGCUUGAUUCUUUGUAAACGUCCGGGACAUUCGAGUAGAUUUUUCUUUUUAUUCUUUUUUCUCGGCAGUGAUAGUUUUAUUUGAAAUAAUUUAAAAGUCGCGACAAACUGGACUGGAAUUUUUUAUCCGAUCGUGGCUGGAUUAUCUUUUUUGUGGUUCUAAAAUAUUUAGAGUGAUUUUUUUCCUCAGUUUGGUGUUUCAGCUAGGAGUUUAAACAGUCUGUGGUGUUGAUGAAUUGUUUACAAGCGGCUGAAAGUAUUCAAGUGUGCGGUAGAUCAGAGCGCAGAUAGAAAAUCCAACCCGCAGAGUUUGGAGAGCCUCGGUUUGUUGUUAGAUAAAUAUACAACACGGAUGCUCUGCAGAAUGAGACUUUAGGAAUUAACUAUUUAACGUCAAACUAAACAGAGUUUGAAGGUGGUUUUUUUUUUUUUUUUUAUUCGAUCAGCGGAUCUUUUUUUGCGCUGUUCUUUCACAUCCAUCCUUUGAGACCAGCGGCGUCUGGAAGAGAGAGACAAGAAGAAAAAAAAACUGUUUCUCCUCCCAAAAGUUUCUGAUACAACCCCAGUCAGGUGGCUCUGACCCAAGCUGUUGUGAUGCAUAUUCCCGUAGAGCCGCCCACCACUAGACGGUUCACACCGCCCUCCACGUCCUUCCCCUGCAGUAAGAUCGGUGACGGCAACGGGCCCAUGGCCACCCCGGGGCCCCUGCGGACGCGGCCAGACAACAGGAACGUGGUGGACGUCUUGGCAGACCACGCCGGGGAGCUGGUGCGCACUGACAGCCCCAACUUCCUCUGCUCCGUGCUGCCGUCUCACUGGCGGUGCAACAAGACGCUCCCCGUGGCUUUUAAGGUCGUUGCGCUCGGAGACGUUCCCGACGGGACGCUGGUAACCGUCAUGGCCGGGAACGAUGAGAAUUAUUCGGCUGAGCUUCGAAACGCCUCCGCGGUGAUGAAGAACCAGGUAGCCCGCUUCAACGACCUCCGCUUCGUGGGCAGGAGCGGACGAGGGAAGAGCUUCACCCUGACAAUCACCGUGUUCACCGGACCGCCGCAGGUGGCCACCUAUCACCGCGCCAUUAAAGUCACAGUGGACGGACCCCGGGAACCCCGCAGGCACAGAGUGAAGAUGGAAGACACCACAAAGAUGCAGUUCUCUGACCGGCUAUCAGAAAUCGAGCGCUACCAGCGGACUAUGCGGAUAGGCCCAGUGAACAACAACCCCCGCCCCAUCCAUCAGACGCAUCUCAGCACCACGCAAGGUUUGUGGCCUGAGCAGAUGGACACCCCCACUCUGAAGACAUGUAAGGUGGAGGAGGAUCUGAGGUCAUGGCCAGGGACUACAGAUCUCUUCCCACAGAGGACCACCUUUCCGUCUCUGUCCCCACUGACGGACCCUCGCUUCUCAGACCACCGUAUGCACUACUACCCGGGGGCCUUCCCUUCCCCUGCCAACACCUCCAGCACCGGCAUCAGCGGCCUGAGCAUGUCUGCCUCCUCCAGAUACCACACCUACCUGCCGCCCCCGUACUCAAAUAACCAGUCUCAAAACUUCCAGUCCAACUCUUACCUGUAUUAUGGUACGGGCUCCGGAUCCUACCAGUUCUCUAUGGUGGCGCCAGGGAACACCGGGGGGGAGCGCUCCCCCACCCGGCUCCUGUCGUGCUCGGGGGCCACGGGCACUGGAGGGAACAAUAGCCUGAUGAACCCGGGCCUGAACACCCAAAGUGAGGGCGUGGAGGCGGACGGCAGCCACAGCAACUCCCCGACGGCCAUGAGCGCUUCGGGUCGCUUGGAUGAGUCCGUCUGGAGGCCAUAUUGACUGAAAAAGAGCUGAAGAUCGGGAGAAGAGAAGGCGGAGAAGGAAAGAUAAAGAUGAACAACAAAGCCGAACACUGAAAGAAGAAAAAAAAAACAAAAAUGUUGCAUGUUUGCCUCUUUUCUCGCUUUAAAGACUAUUGCUUUUACUUUUUAAAGACAAUUUGUAAUUUCUGAGUGAACUCUUGCACUGCGCUGAAACUUGUACUCUAAGACCUAAAGCCAUAUGAGUGGAGACGACAUUCAGCGGAGACUGUAAAUAAUACUUAGAAAGCCAUCGCCGUGAUGUAUACAGGUACUCAAAGUCAAACGAACAACAGCGUGGAGGUACAAACAAUCAGUACAGCUGAUGAGCUGAAAACCACAGCAGACAUUCAUCAAACAAACUGAUGCAACUCAUUUGGCUGCUGCAGAAGAGAAGUCAGACUGGUUUUCUGCUCCAUGACCGACUCCUCGCAAAGCAUGGCUGCACUGCUGUAGCAAUCGGUCCUUUUAAGCUUUUCAUUUUUGUAAAAAAUUUGCAUCAGAUGUAAAAAUGUUUUUCUAAGCAUACAGGGCUGUUUCAUGUGCUCAGAGUACUUCUGCAGAACCUAUUGGUCUAUUUAUUAUCCACAACGAGACAUUCACCUUUUGGUUAGAGAUGAAAUGUCUCAGAACAAUUGCUGCAUUAUUUAGAGAGAAGCCUUUUUUCAAGUUUCAGAAAUGAAUUCUCUGCUGUUUCAUCAGUGUAUCGCGUUCGAGCAGGACAAAAUAUGAUAAUUGAAGGAAUGUCAAAGGCAAAUAUGGUUCGAUUUAUUUUCUGCAGAUAAGUCUAGUCCUGUUGUCUGUACUCAGAAAUUUUCCAACUUCUCUCUCUACUUCUUUUUUUCCCCCGAAAGGUUUUAAAGACCUUGUCUGAAUUUAUUUCCUCUAUUAUUUUAACUGGAUGACGUGGUUAACUCUUGAUAUUUAUUUGAGCCAAAAUUUGGGGAAAUGUAUGCAAAUACCCCAAAUCCUUAAUCGUUUAUCUUUCAUUCUUCCUUUUUUUUAUAAGCAUUUAAGCAGUAUAUAUACCAUGUUUGUUAAGUAUGAAUUUGGAGUUUUUGUAAUAUAUUGCAACUAAAUUAUGAAAAAAAAAAUACUUUUAACGUAACUUUGUUGCCUUCCAAUGUAGCUUUGGUGCACUAAAACCUUUAUUCCAAAUGAACUAUGCCCAAAAAGAUCCUAGAGCCACGCUGGAAAAAACUAUCUAGACAUAAGUUGAAAUUUCUUAAAUUAAGUGUUUUUACCCUUAAUUUGAGUAGGUAAAUUGGAUAAUUUGCCAAGGUAAUGAGUAUUUUUACUCUUAAAAUAAGAUAAUUAUAUAUUAAGACCGUUGAUAUAAUACAAUGCAAUUAUGUUUUCUUGUUUUAAUUGUAAAUUGUCUUGUUUCCUUGGCAAAAUGUCUGUUUUACCUCCUCAAUCCAAAAACAAAUGCACUUAUUUUAAGAAAAAAAUUACUUAUCUAGAUUUCAAUUUUUCCAGUGCAUGAUCUUUGAAACUAUUUACAAUUUGCCUUCCUGCGCUUACAAAAUAAAUAAAAAAGCUAUUUUUUUGCACUAUUUCUUUUUUCUACUUUUUUAUAUUUUAUUUGGUUAUUUGAAAUUGUGCAGAGUGAAA